GCAUUGUUGUAUUUAAUAAUUUUGAAUUCAAUAGCUAUUUCCAGCAGGUGCUGCAAAAUGAUGUUCACCACGUGUAAAUAUCUUCCGGGAGUUGGUUGUAACCUAAGUUGAUUGUCGUCAUGGGUAUUUACUUGGUGCAAACCUACAAUAGCAUAUUUGCGUGACUGGGCGGUCAUUUUCUGCUAGGCUGUCUCGGUGCGGGACCCGUUACUCCAUGUGCAGGGUCGUAGGCGUGAACGCGCGUUAUCGUCUAAAUCUAGUGAGCUUUGACGUGAGAUUCUGUUAUCUCGGAACAAGUAUUGAAAUCCGUAGGGGACUGAGCAACUUAUACAAUCUGUGCGCGUUAUGUGUAAAGUCAACUUGUCGGCCAUAACGUACUCUACACUCUACUCAUCUAAAAUAUAUUUUGUGAUUAUUAGUCUAGAUACUCAAUUCUCGGUGAACGAUGAUCUGGAUGCCUGAUGUUUUUCAUGGCAGUUUAGUUUACCCGGAUGCAUCCCACCUGUUUUAUUCAGUGGUUCUCUCAGUUAUUGUCACUUUUGUCAGGUCUUCAAUUGAAAGUUAUUUUUGGGAGCCAUUGGGAAUCCGCAAUGGCAUCCAAUCUAGCAAAGCGAUUGAAGAGAAAAAUCAGCUAUCAGAGCUGCAAUACUUUAAAGAAUGCGGUUGGCGUUUCGUUCAUCAUACCACUUUAUUCGUCAUUGGUAUUUUUAUCCUUUUGGACAAACCUUGGCUCUGGAACAUAGACGAAUGUUGGACCAAUCUCCCUAACCAGAUGAUCUCUGCAGAAGUGUGGUGGUACUACAUUAUUAAUUUGAGCGUUUAUAUGUCGCACAUUUAUACCCAAAUGUUACAUCGGAAGCGCAAGGAUUUUGUUGAAAUGUUCAUUCACCAUGUAGUCACCAUACUUUUGAUGGCAUUAUCUUGGGUGAGCAAUACGGUCCGAAUCGGUACAUUAGUUCUUGUUGUCCAUGAUAGCGCCGACAUAUUCAUGGAAGCAGCUCGGAUAGCCAAAUUUCUAAAAUAUCCAAGAAUAUGCAAUCUUUGCUUUGGAUUAUUUUUCAUCAGUUGGAUUGUUUCUCGACUAGGAAUUUUUCCAUUCCAUAUCCUCAAAAACAUAUGGUUUGACGCACCCAUAGAAAUGUUCGGUUCUCCUAUUAUUUCAUCUUUAAUUCUAUUGCUGCACAUUUUGCUUGGAUUGCACCUAUUUUGGACGUAUUUAAUUCUACGAAUUCUCUAUUCGUUUCUCGUUUUAGGAAAGUUAGAGGACGAUUCGCGCAGUACUCCUACCGAACUGGUUGAGGACCAUAACUCAAAUGUGAAAAAAGCCAAUUGACCAAACAUCGUUCGUGUUUUCAGUAGUUUCUUGAAGAGCAAUUUACUUCGAAAUUCACUUAACUUGUUCCAUUAGUACGCACACGUACACGAAAACAUCGUGUCCGAGAUAGCGGUAAAGACGCCAACUUAGAAGGUAAUGAAUAACAAAUGCGAAGCGAGUGUAUUUUGAAUUUAAAAAAUGUAAAACGCAAAGGAAACCUUUUUUUAAUGAAGAACAAACAUCACCAAUGA